CACCACUGCGCAGCUGGUGGGUUGAUCGCUUCCGCGUUGUUCGUCAUUCCUUAGCGAGCUACGUAAAAACAUUCGUCAUUCACUUCCACGUCUCGAGUGGAGAAGAGAAAGCGAGUUUCUUAGCCGAAACGGUUGUACCAUGUUGAGGUUUUCCGCUGUGUUGAUCGCUACAAUACUCGUAUGCCACGUACAGGGGCUGGGUAAACCGAAAUGGACCACGAAACGGGAUACGCACAGAUUUAAGAGAUUAGAGCCAUCCAAAUUACAGACUUUAGCUAAGAUGUCUGAAGAUAGUAUGCAAUUUGACAAAUAUCUAGACGACCUUGUGGACAUGCCUAGAGUCCCUGGUACGGAAACUAACGAGUUAGCUCGUGAGAGAAUCAUUGGGCAUAUCAAAGAUAUAGGUGGUUGGAAAGUUGAACUUGAUGCGUUCGAUACUGAUACCGUCAUUGGGCCAGUACACUUCGUGAACAUCAUCGCUACCCUGAAUCCAACAGCCAAUCGGAGACUUGUAUUGGCAUGCCACUAUGAUACUAAGUUGCUUCCCUCAGUUGAUAAUGUGGAGUUUGUCGGCGCUACGGAUUCGGCGGUGCCAUGUUCAAUGAUGUUAGACUUGAUCUAUCAUCUGGAUACUUAUUUAAAAGCUUUUAAGAGAAAGCAAAAACAGAAAUGUGCAGAGCGGAAACUUUAUAAAUCACAGACAUCGGGUGUUCAUCUUAAUAAAAGGAGACAGAACAAAAUCCGUGUACAGGAUAUUACUCUUCAGUUGUUGUUUUUUGACGGUGAAGAGGCGUUCAAGCAAUGGACAUCAACCGAUUCAAUCUAUGGAGCCAGACAUCUAGCUGAGAAGAUGUCAAAGACCCCCCAUCCUCCAGGCAGCAAAGACACUACAGAACUUGAUGCUAUCGACCUUUUUGUACUUCUUGAUUUACUAGGUGCAGCGGAACCGCAGAUUGUCAAUCAUUACGAAAAUACAAGAUCUCAGUUUGAAAAACUACAAAAAAUAGAGGAAAGACUUCAUUCCGGUAACCUUCUAACCAGGAGUUACAAAGCAACAAAGCCUUAUUUCCGAGGAAGUAGCAAAACAGUGUACGGUCAAAUCGAAGACGACCAUAAACCGUUCAAAGAAAGAGGUGUUCCAAUAUUACACAUGAUAACAACACCGUUCCCUAGAGUGUGGCACACUUUGGAUGACAACAGAAGCAACAUUCAUGGCUCAACUGUGGAUAACCUGAGCAGAAUAUUGAGAGUAUUCGUAGCUGAAUACCUCGGACUAGAUAUUCCAUCAAAACGAAAGUAAAUGAAUGGAACUAGAUGAAAACAGAAAACCAAGACAUGUCUGUCAACAAAUUUGAUAUAAGAUGUCCCGAUCUAUUGUAAUGUUGUGUCAAACCUUUUCUUGUGGGGUUAGGUAGGGGGUGGGGGAGGCUGCAUUAUGCUUGUUUUUACUUGAUUAGUAUGCAUUUAAUUAUUUCAAAACAAAACUUAUUGUCUUAUUCUGUAUUCGCAAUAACAUUUGUUGUUGUUGGUUGAUUUUGGGGUUUCAUAAAUCCCCUACUUUCGUACUAGUUGCCUGGGACACAAUCUGAUUAAUAUCAUACAUAGGAAGUUUCCACUUGCUUUGAACUGGCAUUAACUUAUAUUGCCUUGACCUGCAUUUGACAGCUGUAGUCGCAUACAUAUUUCAUACUACUGGUACGUUCUAUGAUGCUCUGAUUUGCAAACAAAGCCCAUCAAAGAAAAGCAUCUUUUGUUUAAUAACGAGAGAUGACGACCGCUGAUGACCAAUGCCCUACCCCCGAAUAAGUUAAGACAUUAGUACUACUCGUGGAACUUCCCACCCCAACCCCACCCACACUUUUAAUAAUAUUAAUUUAAUAUGGUGGUUUGUUUUUAUCUUGGAUUUGGUACGUCUCUGACGUUAUUUUUUCUGCGCAAUGCCAGAGAUAAAUCUAUUUUUAUAUUCUUCAUAUUGUACAUACAUACAUACAUACAGACAGACAUUACAAAACAGAGCUGAGAUACAUUACUUACGAUUGGAACCGAAAUACACAUUUUCUUGGUAAUAUCAGCGAUUCAUUUGCUUAGACUUUUUAUUCGAGCCAAACAUUUAUUUAUAUAUUUCAGGACAAAACAAAUAAAAACAUAGUGACGAUCUUUGUUUUAGGCACCUGUGAUAUAUUUGAUCUUGCAUACAGGUGAUGUGCCAGAUGCAAUUUGUUGUAUUAUUCUGGGUCAAAUCAAAUAAUAAAAUUGUGAUUUAAAUAUCAGGGAUUAUUAAUACAUCAUGUUAUUUACAUCGCUGUUCGUGUUACCCAGUGUGCAUCGCUUUAUAUGCAUUUCAUAAAAGCAUAUACACUAAUAAAAUCAAGACUUAAAUAGAAGAAAAAAUUUGCAUACUUAAAUAUGUACUUAUUAAUAUUGUAGUACCUUUUAUUUUUUUUAAUUAGAGGUUAAUUAUAAAGGUCUUGUGACUUUGUUAUCCGGGGGCUGUUAUUUGCAUUCUGUAUUACGCAUAUGUUUUCAUUAACUUCAACAGUAUUAACAUUUCUGAAAUAAUACUGAAGGUUUGCUUCUCGUUGUUAUGCCUGGGUUGCUAUGUCGUGUAUAAAACCAUAUUUGAAGUAGCACUCUUAAGAUCUUUCAUGUUGCUGCAUUCGGGCUUGUUUCAACAUUAAUUAUUUAUUUGUUUGUUUGUUUGAAUUUAAAAUUCUAUGAGAUGGAUUGACAUGUGUACUGAAUCCCUGCUCGUCACAGUAAUACAGAACAGAGUGGAUUUGGAUGAUGUGAAAAACUGGAACGAGAACGGGGGUAAUCUGGGUGAUGUAGAACAGGGGUAAUGUGAAACGGGGACAUCUGGGUGAUGCGAAACCAACCAAAUUUUGCAAUAUUUUAAUAAUUCAUUCAUAUUCACAUAAAGCUCAGAGUACGGCAAAGUAGUGGCAAAGUACGGC